AUGACAGAGCCAUUAACUUAUGAAAUAAUCGAAAAAUGGACAAUUGAGAAAAUGGAUAAAAUGUUAGGAUGUGACUCAAACGAAUUAGCCAAAUAUGUUUUAUCAUUGGAAACCAAUUCAGAAAUCCAAUCAUACUUGGAAGAAUUAUUAGGCACAACUAAAAAAGUUCAAUCAUUUAUUGAACAAUUAAUUAAAAAGAUAAACUCAUUACCAAGAAGAGUUAAUAAAUUUCAAAAGAUUGUUCAACCAUCCAACCAAACAAAUAAUAUAAAGAAAAAACAGCAACAGGUAUCAGUAUCACAACAACCAAAGGAUCAAAAAGUUAAACAAAAGAUUACAUCAUUUAGCGAAAUUGAAAUUCAAAUGAAACCAGGUGAACCAUGUGAGUGCCAGGCAACUAGACAUAAAUUAAUAACAAAUUGUUUAAAUUGUGGUAAAAUUAUUUGUGAACAGGAAGGUAAAGGACCAUGCAAAUUUUGUCAAACCCCAUUAUUCACCAACCCAGCAAGUUUAUCGAUCCAACAGCAACAACUAAGUGACAAACAUUUAAAUAGUGCUAUUGAAUAUAAAGAUAGAAUUUUAGGUUAUCAAAAUACACAUGCCAAAAGAACUAUAGUUUUCGAUGAUCAGGAGGAUUACUUUUCAAAUUCAUCAAAUAAAUGGUUAACAGAAGAAGAACGAAAAAAAGUUGCACAACAAGAAUUGGAUUAUAAAAAGAAAAAAGAUGAAUUAAAAAACAAAACUAGAAUUUCAAUUGAUUUCCUCGGUAGAAGAAUUGUUUCCGAACCAAUUAGACCAAAUGAAAUUGAAGUAGAAAAAAUAUCAUUUAGUACUGGCAAUAGCAACAAUAAAAAAGAAGAAUCAAGUUCAUUAGCAGAUUACAAAAUGAAAAAUAAAGAUAAAGAUACUCAAUAUGAUAUUAAAAAUCAAGUUAAAUAUAUUGAUGACUCUGGGGUAAAACAAGGCUCAAAGAGAAGUGAAGAAGCUAUUAUUAAACUUGGCAAUGAUGAUAUUAUCACAAGACAAUACUACGGUGUUGAAGAAGAUAUUGUUGUAUAUAAUUCAAAAGAAACAAAAUCAAAUCCAUUAAGAUUCAGAGGUAUUAUGGAGGGUUUGUGGUUACCAAAAUUAAAAGAAUACACUAAAUAUAUUAAUAGUUUAUAUGAAAAUAAUUGUAAUUAUUUUAUAAUCUCACCACAAAACUAUACCACCCAAGAUUUCCAAAAUAUAUUAGAUCAUAAAGUGCAACCAAAAUUACCAAAUCAAAUUCAAGACUUUUUAAAGAAAUUAUUAGUAGCAAUUAAAACAGCCUCACUUCAAAAUAAUAAUGGCAAUGAUAAUAAUACCAAAUCAUUACAAUUAAAUAUCGCGAUUUUAAUACCAAAAGAAUUUGAAUUCUCAUUAGAGGAAAAUCAAAAUCAAAUGAUUAAUAUUAUUAAAAUGUAUAUGGACAGUGUCAAUAUUAAAUCAUUUACAUUAGUUUUACCAAGUGGUUUUAAUGAUUCAUUCACAUUACCAAUUUGCGCACCAAAUUCAACAAAAAGUGAAGUAAAUAAUUCAAAGACCUACUCUCAAACUCAAACAAUGUUUUUAAAUAAGCUUCAUGCACAUUUCAAGAAUACUGUAGAGAUUAUAGUUUGCCCAUCCAUUUUCGAAUUAAAUAUAAAUCCAGGUAAUGCACCACCAUCUCGUCAACAAAUCGAAUAUUGGCUAGAAAUGAAUAGAGCCACACCUUCAAAAUAUCCAUUGUUAUUUACAACUUUAAAUGGUAGCCUUCAAAACUCUACACUCACAAAAAUCAAAAAUAUUUUCGACAAGAGAGAUUUAAUUUGCAUUGAAAAAUAUCCUUAUAAAAAUAAUAGCUAUGGCACACAAUCAUCAACUUCAUUGCCAAUCGAAUGGGACCCAUAUCAAUGCUCUUUUGACGACCACAAGAGUUAUUUAGCAGGUGUUAUAGCAUCUCCAUUUAAUGCAGAGUUCUAUCUCGACGAUUUUACCAGCGAAAUUACAUUAUCAACAUUUAUUCAUUACCUCAAAUCACCAUUCACCUAUCAAUCAGAGCUAACUCUUCGUGCCACAUUGGUUCAAUUCACAGAUAAUAAUGAAGAUAUAGCAGAUGAUUUAGCAACUUUAAUUUUAGCUUUGUCAAAUGGUAUAUUUAAUCAAAUUCACAAUGCUGUAGAAUCACUCAAACAAGAAAAACAAUUACAUCAACAACAAUACCCCAACGAACCUUAUAUUAAACCUGAAGUUGAUCCUAGAGAAAAAUUAUUCUUUAACGAUUUGAUUGAUAGAUCCAAUAGAAUUUUAGAAUUUUAUAAAACAAUUUUACAAAAUAAUGAUUCUUUUAUUAAUCAAAUUAAUUUAAUUAAAAUCACUUUAUUAAAUUAUACUGAAUAA